GAGUGCAGGGUGUGGUAGUGAAGGGCGUGACUCUGACACAUACUGUAUCACACUGUCCAGGUGAGAAAGUGUUUAUAAAGCAGCAGCCAGGGAGCAACACACACUUAAAGAGAGGAAAUAACAGAGGUGAUAUAGUAGCGGCUGCCAGAUUCUUUCAUACAGGAGAAACACAGCAUGAUGAUACUUUUACUUCUAGCUGCCUUAGCUGCAGUAUCACAGGCCCAGACUGAUUGCUCUCGGGGGGCUUGUUACCCACCCAGCAAAAACCUUCUCUUGGGUAGGGCUCACCAGCUCCAAGCCUCCUCCACCUGUGGCCUCACCGGCUCCGAGGUCUACUGCUCCCCAUACCCACCGGGGAAGAUGAAGUGUUGUCCUUGUGACUCCAGGAACCCAAAUGGGCGGCAGGCCCACACUGUCCAGGAUGUCCUGUCCACCUCUGGACCAGAGAGAUGGUGGCAGUCCAGGAAAGACGUGACUCCAGUCACUCUUCAGUUGGACCUUGACAACCUGUUCCAGCUUGACAACCUGUUUCUCAACUUCAAGGGCCCUCGUCCCAGUGCCUUGGUUAUAGAGAGGACACUAGACAACGCCAGGACCUGGGCGCCCAGCCUCUACCUAGCUACAAAUUGUCAAAGGAGUUUUCCUGGCAUCCCCACAUCAACACCUCUUAAACUGGAUGAUACAUACUGCUACACACUGCCCCCUACUGAAGCAACCCCCUACCAAGACCACACAAUUGAGUUCAAUCCUCUGCGUCAGUAUGCUUAUGUCCCAGCUUCCAAGAGCCAAAAAAUUGAAGAUGUCACUGGGUUAACGGGGCUGAGAGUGAGGCUGACAGAGCUGGGUGAUGUGCCACGUCUCCCAGGCAGAGCUCUCAGUAGGUUUUAUGCCCUGAAGGAGAUGAGGGUGAUGGGCAGCUGUAUGUGCCAUGGACACGCCAACCGAUGUCUGCCAGAGGCCUAUAACAACCCACUGUCCAAUACCAUACAUGUGAAUCCUCAAUGUGACUGCCAACAUAACACAGCAGGAGUGAACUGUGAGCGUUGUGCUGAUCUCUACAACGAUCUACCCUGGAGACCUGCAGAGGAGGGAGACACUCAUGCCUGCAAACGCUGUGAGUGUAACAACCAUGCCCAGCGCUGUCGUUUUGACCAGGCAGUGUACGAUGCUAGUUGGCAGAGUAGUGGAGGUGUGUGUGAGGGUUGUAUGCACCACACUACAGGGCCAAAGUGUGACCAGUGUGCCCCAGGCUACCAACCCAAUCCCCGCAGCCGAAUUGACCGUCCUGACGCCUGCAUUCGCUGCAUCUGCAAUCCUGGGGGGACAGUGAACAGGGGCCAGUGUGACGACAGCACAGGCUUCUGUCAGUGUAAAGUGAAUGUCGAAGGUCCCCGCUGUGACCGCUGUAAAAGAGGCCACUAUGGUCUGAUCGACUCCAACACUCUGGGCUGCACCAAGUGUUCCUGUUCUUCUGACGGGUCCAUGUCAGACGUCUGUGACCCUCUGACUGGCCAGUGUCCCUGUCAUCCCCACUUCCAUGGCCUGACCUGUGAAGUCUGUUCAAAAGGCUACUGGAAACCAGUCAUGUCCGUACGCUGUAAACCCUGUGUCUGUGACCCCACCAGGUCAUACAGUGAUACUUGUGACCAGCUGACUGGUCAGUGCCAAUGCAAACCAGGGUUUGGAGGCCGAACAUGUACAGAGUGCCCAGAGAACACUUACGGAGACCCACUAAUAGGCUGCCAACCAUGUGGGUGUGAUACAGAUGGAACCCUUCCAGAGGUUUGUGAUAAGCAGACAGGAGCCUGUUUUUGUCGGCCGGGUGUCACCGCGACACGCUGUGACUCCUGCAGUCGGGGACACUGUGAUUCUUUCCCUGCCUGCGAGACGUGUCCCUCCUGCUUCUUCACACUGGAUGCAAAGAUGCAGAACCUCAGCUUAACUCUGGAGAGACUCUCCCCCAGCUUCACUGACACUGAUAUUGGGAAGUUCGAGCCGCGCAUCCGGACCCUGGAGGCCAGUCUGAAACUGAUCAAAGAAUCCAUCCUCCUUCCUCCAAAUAUUGUCAAACAGAUCGAUGAUGCUCGGUCCCAACUGGACAAGCUGGGGGACCAGGUGGACAACAUUAAUGAUGACCUCCCAACCGCAACAAGACCUGCUGGUCUGGAGUCAGAGCUGGCCAAGCUGCAGGCUCUGCUGGAUGGCCUCAGUGUGUUGUACAAAGCCAAGAAAGGUGCCACUGAUAGCACCACCAGUCCCAACAAUGCAGGAGCAUUUUCUGACAUCAAGAAAGCCUAUGAUGAGUCGACAGAUGCAGCCAAGAAGGUAGAUGCCAGCGGAAACACGGUGAAGGAGUCAGCUGACAAUAGAAAAGAAACUACAGAUCUUCAGGGCAACGUGCAACCAGAAAACACCCGAGAUCUGAACAAACUGAACCAGAGCAUGGCUGUCCAACCUAACCUCACUCCUGUUGCCAAACAGGUAUGCGGCAGUGUUCGCACUGAGCCCUGCACCCCUCUUCUAUGUGAGGGUGGAGACUUGUGUCCACGGUGGGGGACCCCAAUAUGUGUAAAGGGGAAAAAGUGUGUGGGCGCCCUGCCGCUGAGUAAGAGGGCAAAGGCUGAUUCUAAGGAUGUGAAGGAGCAACUGGAAAAGCUCUCUGUGAAUGUCACGGAGGCUACAGAGAAGCUUCAGGAAACACAGGACACAACCAAUCAGGUGAGACAGUCAGCAGAGAAGUUGUCCAAUAAGAUGAAGCGGACCAGAGAUGAGCUAGAUGAUGACUUAAAGGAGACACGUGACGUUGUGAAAGAACUCAAAGACUUCCUGUCAGACCCGUCCUCCAACCUGACCCACAUCAAGGAGGUGAGUGACUGGAUCCUGCAAGCCAAGUUGCCUAUCAAUGAGGCUGAUCUGAAGAGAAAGCUGGAGGAGCUGAAGAAUCUGACAGCCAUUCUUCCAGACAGCACAGCUGUGUUGAAGGACGCAGAGCCCCAGCUGGCGAAAGCCAGGAAACUGAUGCAGGAGGCCCAGGAUGCCAGGGACAAAGCUCUGGCAGUAAAUGCGGAUGUGGAUGGGCUGUUGGAAAAUUUGGGUUUGUUGGAGGGCUCUCUCUUUGGCCUGGAUGAAAAACUGCAGAACAAUAUGGAUCUCAUAGACAACCUGAACAGUACCCUGACUAAGGCCGAGAACAAGCUGACCCCAGCAGAGAAGGAUCUGGAUGAUGUAUCCACGUUGAUAAAACCAAUAAAACUUCAACUGGACGAGAUCAGCGACACGCUGCAGAAUGGGAGCCAGCAGGCCCAGUUAGCAAAGGCAAGUGCAGACCAAGCGGAAGAUGAAGCAGCUGCUGCAAAUAAGGACCUGUCGUCCUUAGAGGACCAGCUUGUCCAACUUAAAGACAAGGUUGCUGCCAGUGUGUCUGGUGGAAAUGCCGGGCCGGUGGGAGAUCGACUGGCAAAGCUACAGCAGGAUGCUGGAACCCUGGCCAACACCACUGCUGACAUGAUGAAUUCUCUAGAAGGUAAGGCAGAUUCCCUGAGGAGCCUUCACGAUCAGAUUGUUCAGAACUCAACCAUUCUCGAGGGACUUGAUGUCAAGCUGAAAGACCUGUUCUCACAACUACGAAAGAAAGCAGAUGACCUGAGCACCUGCCAGGGCUGAGAGUCAGCAAGCUGCAGUCAGAGCAGCAUGAACAGCUGCUGAGUUGCCUGCCUUUAACACUGCACAUCAACUCUAGCAGCCAAAGGAUUGUGGGAAAUCUGCGAUUGAAGGAGAUGGAGGGGUCAGAGAUAUAUAUGGCUACCGUAGUAAUUGUUGUCUGACUAUACAGGGGCUUGAAACUACAUUCUUGUGUAUUUAAAUAUCUUCUGAAAGUCUGUAUAAACAGUAGGGACAUUAAAAUAUCAUGCUGUUUCAUUUUCUUCACUUAUCUGGAAAAGUCACAGAUUCAAACUCUUGGCAGCUCUGCAAGAACCAACACAAACUAAAAAAAUAUUUUUAUUCAGCAGCUUUUCAUUCCAAUGUUCACUGUGACCAUUGUACCAUGAUUAUUUUAAUUUUAAUAACUAUUUUCUCUGUUGCAUUUGUUGUUUGUACAGACCCAAAGUAUUCCCAUAAAAGCCUGUUUACACUUUGAUUUGAUUCUUAAUGUUGUAUUGGAGAGGCCUGGAUGCUGCUGCAGCUCUUCAUUCAACACCAGGCAGGCUAGUUACUGCAUAUUUAUUGAGAAAACAAUACAAAAAAAACGUGUGUGUUACUACAUUUGUGAAUUCAUGACAUCACUAGCUUGUGGCACUUGAUAUGUUCAGUUUGUUAACAAAAGCAGCUUAUGUACAUAUAAAAGAGGCAGUGAACACCAGGUUAUUGGGUACACCACCACCUUAAAAUAAAGGUUUAACCUAAAAAAAAACAUUUCCCCUGCAUUGUCUCUGUGUUGAGUGGAAAUUGGAUUUAUGAUCCUUUGAUUGCAGUCUGUCGGAAUGUAAAUGCUAUUUUCAACCCCUCAUCCCAUGGCUAUCUGACUUGGUGGAUGUGUUGCUCAGGGUUCCUACAGGUUUUAACAAGUUAAAUUUAAGACUUUUUAAGACCUUUUUAAGACCACUUUGAAUAGAAUUUAAGACCUAUUUCACGGCCAUACUGGCAAAAAGUACGAAGGAAAAUUACUAUGAAAGAAGAAAUAAGUCCCAGAAUUACUUGCAAAGUAAAUGCAUUCCCGUUCAACGGAGAAGGAAUACCAAAUAUGAGUUCAAUAAACGAUUCUUUCAGCACAGAGAAAAAAGUAUGGGCCGAAAAAAUUGGCCAGAAAUUAAACAUCCCAACCCAACACUACAUAAACCUGCUGCCUAGGCCACAAUCUCCUUUUCAAUUGUCUCAAGCUCAGCCAACUUCUCCUUGCAGCUCCUACUAAGAAUAUUUAACUUGGAGUUAACCUCGGCCAUCUUGCUGCCAGCCUUGCCCUCAGCCGCUCGAACAACGGCGAGAUGGCAGGCGUUUGUUGUUGCUUUUUCACUUCUCUUGUGUUUCUCUGACUAGGCAUGCGAUUCUAAAGCCUUUACCCCCGAUGUUCCUAGUUUUACUGUUUACUUGCUAAAGGUGCAGAGGCCUUCAAAAUCAUUCCCCUCCACUGGUUUUAACCAUGCUUUAAACAUGCUUUUAUUCAACCAAGUUUUGUUGAACCUGCACUUCCACAUUAAGUUACAAAAGACGUCGACACACUAGUCGAAUUUUCGUCUCUUUUAGCUUGAUUGCCCUGCGCGUUUUCAAUUGCUAGACACUGAGUAUAAAGGCUGCCUAUCUGCAUCUCGGAGGUGCGCGCAGAGCACAGAAAGAGGAGCGCGCGCUGCAUCCUGCGGCGGGAGCGCGCAUUUAGCGGGGGUGCGCUCAGAGUAGCGCAAGCGGAGUGUAGUGCAGUAGUAAUCAACAUGUAGCGCGAGACAGAGAGGAAGAAGACAGCUGUCCGUCAGACAGAGACUGCUGUCUGUUUGUGCGUGUCCAUCCGCGAGAAACGUGAGUGGGCACUGUGUGUUAUUAGUAGUUUCAGAGUUCUUUAUUAGUUAACUUGCACUUCUAGGGCUGCUCGGUCAGCGCGAGUGCAGCGUUAUCGGUGGGUUCCUCGCUAAUAUGUAUAUACGGAUAGAUAAGGAUGUAUUUUGUUAAUAUAGAACCACACGUAUUCCCACCCAUAUCCUGCCUGCCUUUCAUAUGCAUAUGUUGUACUGUGCUGUUGCCAAAUUAAAGAACAUUAACUGAGAGAA